UAUCACGCUUUAUAAAUCAGUGGAUAUAGGUACGAUUCCUUUGAUAUUACAUUAAUUAAUUAACGAUCUAAAAACAUGACGUAUUAAACCUUGAAACAAUAUUGUAACAGAGAUUAGAAUAUUUGCUUUCAAAAUAUGUACUGCUAACAAAUACAGGCUGUUUAAAAUGGAGAACGAUUCAAAUAAGCAAAAUGGAGUAAUUGAGGAUAACGAAGUGAAAAAAACGGGUUGUUGGGCGAAAUUCAAAAGCCUCUUCGACGACCGAGGGUUCGAUUUGGAGUACGAGUACAAUAAUGGGCAUUCUGCGAAUAUUUCUAGAGAUAAUACAGAGAGUGAAGGGUACAGGCGGUUGGAUAGGAAUUCUGUUAAUAAAGCGCCGCCAGAUAUCGUCGAUGUAGACGGGGAAUUGAGUGGCGUUAUUAAUUUUUACGAGCAAUUCGCGACGAUAAGUGACGAAGUGAAGGAGGAAAGUGCGGGCUUGUGGCUGAGGUCCACUGUGAGGAAGAGGGUGUCUAUGCGACCGAGUUUGCUAUUGACAAACAUACUCGAAGAGAGCGCUGACGGCGACGGUGAUUCUGUUGUAGUGAACAGGUCCCCGCCGCCCGCACAAAUCCCAAAUGCAUUGUUCUACGCACCACCGGAACCAUUAGAGUUACUAUGCGUAUUCCCGGAGCGUGCGUCGCGCGUCUGCGCAGCCGCCUGCAACGCAGUCGCACGCGCGGGUGGCGAAGCGAGGUCCGUGCGGAGCGCGCGCGAGGCGCUCGACGCGUUCCGCCGCGACUCGGACGCGCGUAUACCCCACGUGGUCGUGGUAGACGCGCGACAGCCGCAUCUCAUGGACGCUGCGCUAUUGGCUAGAGCAAUACGAGGCUUGAAAAAUACACAACACACCGUUCUUAUAGCAGUCGUCAAAAAGAGUGCUUACUUGAAAGAUGACUUUGCAGUUCUACCGUAUCUAGAAGCAGGCUUCAACAGGAUAAUGGUAGAAACGCUAGGCUCCACAGCAUGGUGCGCCGAAGUCCUACAGGCGCGGUCGGCCGCGGCCACCGCUCGCGCGCAAGUCACCGCCGUCACCGCGCUUGCCGCGGCUGCUGACCGCUGCAGGGACCUCGUGGCUAUUACUGAUGACCAGCAGAGGGUCCUGCUCACCAACAAGUCAUGGUGCCGCGUAGUGGGCUGGCGGGCGGAGGAGGGCCCGCGCGCGCUCACCGACACAGUGAGUGGCGAGGGGCUGCGGCUGGCCACCAGCGGCGCGCGCGACUGGGAGGCGCCCGUCAUGCUGCGGCGCCGCGCCUCGCCCGACCCCGUGCUGCUGACGUGCAAGGGGGCCGCCGUGUCGCUCACUAGGAGCACAUCUCACAUAGUGGUGGUGUGCGAGGCGAGCGGCGCGGAGGGCGAGCGCGCGCGCGGCUCGCUGCACUCGAUCCGGCGCGGCUCGCUCGACGUGCGCUCCGUCGCGUCCGACGGCCUGCGCCGCACCUCGCUCGCCAAGCUGCAGGGCCUGCCCUUGGAAGCGCCUAUCACUAAGGUGAUAUCCCUCCUCUCCACGGCAACAGAGGGCGCUCCACCAUCCACAGUCGCUUGCAUCGAGCGCGCGGUCGACAUGCUGCGGACUUCCGAACUGUACUCCCCUCAGAUGAGAGAAGACCCCAAAAUGCGCGCGGAAGACCCCAUCGCUACUGACCUUAUUGGCGCAUUACUAUCGGGAACCUCCAAUGUCUUGUCAUCUCGAAGGAGCAGCAAUGAUUCUACAGUCGUACGAUCGCAAACCAACAGGACUAAUAUAAAACAUAAGACGUCUGGCCAACUGCGCGAAGUCCUAGACACAGCACUCAGUUGGGACUUCGAGAUAUUCCGCCUCGAGGACCUCACUCGUGGGCGCCCGCUCACUCACUUGGGACUCACACUCAUGGGCGGUCGGUUCGAUGUGUGUUCCGCACUCGAGUGUGAUGAACGGACAUUACUGCAUUGGCUGACGAUCAUAGAGACUAAUUACCACGCGGUGAAUACUUACCACAAUUCAACGCACGCUGCUGAUGUGCUACAGGCGGUAGCGUUCUUCCUAGAAAAGGACCGUCUCAAGAACCUUCUAGAGCCGCUGGAAGCAGCAGCCGCGCUGAUCUCCGCCGCGGCGCACGACAUCGACCACCCGGGCACGUCGUCCGCGUUCCUGUGCAACUCGCGCCACUCGCUCGCGAUCCUCUACAACGACGUCAGCGUGCUCGAGUCGCACCACGCCGCACUCACGUUCAAACUGACGCUCAACGACGACCGCGUGAACAUAUUCAAGAAUCUCGACCGCGAUACAUACAAGUCGGUCCGCCACAACGUCAUCGACAUGAUCCUAGCGACUGAGAUGACGAAACACUUCGAGCACUUGGCCAAGUUUGUGAACGUGUUCUACGCCAAGUCCACGGGCAGCAAGGAGGAUAAUAUGCAUACUGAUGAACCACUAUCUUUGGAUACAACAGCUUUGACGUCACAGGAGAAUGUAGUGCUAGUGAAAAGGAUGAUGAUCAAAUGCGCAGACGUCUCAAAUGCUUCACGGCCACAGAAGUUCGCUUUUGAAUGGGCUAGAAGGAUUGCUGAAGAAUACUUCCUACAGACAGACGAAGAGAAGGCCAAGGACUUGCCGGUUGUGAUGCCGAUGUUCGACCGCGCGACCUGCUCCGUACCGCGCUCGCAGAUCGGAUUCAUUGAUUAUAUCAUUAUUGAUAUGAUGGAAGCUUGGGCUGCAUUCAUCGACAUGCCAGAACUUGUGAACCACGCGCGCUCCAACCACCAACGUUGGCGCGAACUUGAUGAGGCCGGUGUUACCAGCGCCGCUGAUGUACGACGGGCGCUCAGACAGUCAGUGUUACCUGCUGGGGCUACUGCAGAGGAAUGAGAUUGGCGAGAAGAUUGGCAUACGUGUCAGUUCUGUAGUAUAGUAUAGUGUGGAGAUGUAAAGGAGUUUGGGAAGACGGUCUUAGAAUCAAAAUAUCCACGAUAUUACCAGCGUGGCUGAUGUACUACAGGCGUUCAGACACUCAGUACUGCCCGCUGGGGCCACUGCUGUGGAGUGAGACUGGCGAGAUUGGCGUACGUGUCAAUUCUGUAGUAUAGUAUAGUGUGUUGAAGAGAUGGGAAGAUUAGGAGGAAGAUCUUAGAAUAUGGAUAUUACCAGUGGAAUGAGUAUGGAGCCGCGUACAUUCACACGCGUGAGGCGAACAUUACCAGUGCAGUUGAUGUGCAUCAGCUCUGCAGAAAAGCAGUGUGGUGUAUUCGCUUCGGAAAGAAAAUAGAAAGUGGAUUAAUCGUUGCCGUCACCGCUAAGGAGUGAAACCUAUAUAUAGUAUAGGAUAGUGUGGAGAUGAUGUGUUCUCCGCUGGUGUGAGCCACGUGUUUCAGUGUUGAACGUUCAAUGGCCCUGUGUCAGCAUAUGGAGCAUCUUUGGAUAAACGGCUUCAAACCCUUAGUUUCUGGAUUUGGAAUUGGGUCUGGAUUUUGGUCCGGAUGCAAAUGACUUUGAUGGAAUCCUGGUACAGGGAUUUUACCUAUUUGUCGCUUUGAAUGUUUGAAGCUUUUGUUUGAAGCCAAUAUGCAAAUUAAUUUAUAAUCAAGAAGUUCUCUCUUGGAGAUCCUUCUGCUAGCUAAUCUAGGAGCAAAGAGAAAGUAAAUAAAUGAAUCUUCUAAUAGGAGGAACAAAAAAUAAAAUGAAAUAAAUAUGAAGAAUAUUAUAAGAACUCUUGCGAGUCUUGCGAGUAAGAUCUUGCGAGAUUUUUAAUGAGUCCUAUAGACUUGAUUAGGGCCUGAAAAAAUAAUGAAUUCGUCAGAAUGAACCAGAAGUGUUGUCGAUAUCGGGGCCAAAUGGUGGAAAUUGAUAGGAAAGCGUUACGGUUGAAAUAAAAGACGUUUAAAGACGAAUUAUGUGUCUACAAUGUGCAUUUGGAAUUUGCCGUUUACGUUAUAAGUCUGAACGGAGCACCGCUGUUGAUCCGACGGUGUCCGAUAAUACGCUUAUUUUAUAUACUUAUAUCCGUGUUAGAGUAGAAGUCAAAUGUUACAUCUACAUACUUAGAAUAGGUAUUGUAUUUGAUGUUUGUUGUAUCCAUUAUCGAAUCGGUUUUAAUAUUUUUAUUGUCAAUGUUGUCAUAUUGUUAAGAAAUACUUACCUCUAUAAACUAGUACACCAUAAUUAUGAAUCAUGCUAGCCAGGCCAUUCAGAUGGUCCAAUGCGUGUUAAAAUGACCUUAAUUGUUUUAAAAUUGUCAAUAUACUUUCAUAUUUGACUUGCAAACAUGAUGCAAAUGGUAUGAGUGUACUAGUUUCGGGAGGUCAGUGUAUAAUAUUAAUCCAUUGUAUUUGAUGUGCAUACAGUUGCCAUUUAGACGGGUAUAAUUUGUGUAGGUAGGUAAUUAAUCCGUGAUUGGAGUGCCAUAGAGUGGCGACGUCAUUGAGAUUUUAUUUUCACCCUUAUCUUAUAGAAUAUCAAAUUGAAUAUUGUUCGUUUGACUCGUAAAACUAAAUCAUUCAUUUUUUUCUUACUGCACGCCAUGACACCAUAAAAUAAUCGCAGCUGUACAUUUAUAAGUACAUAUAAUAUAAUCACGUCGGAACAUUAUUAGAUAUGUUACCAACGUGAUACAUCUACAUAAUAUAAUAUACUUGAGCUUGAAAAAUUCCUAUUUUUAUAUAAUAUACCUUUUAUACUAUCCAUUUACCAAAUCUCUCGGCCACGUCAUAUCAAAAUUCAAAAUUUUUGAAUCUUUUUAUGUAGAUUUUUCUAAACUUUAAAUAAUAGACAGUUUAUUAUGAAUCCUUUCUUUCAUUCCUUGGAAUUAAUAUAUACAAAUCUUUUAUACCUACAUAGUGUAUAUUAAAUAUUAACAUUAAUAUAUGAACUUUAUAACUAAUGUUGAUAAAUUUCGCUUCAACAUUUCAUUUCUUUAUUAUAAAUUAUUGUAUUUGAGUAGGAUAAAUGUUUAUACUAAUUAUGAAGUAGAGUGUAUUCGUCUAUAUGACGCUGGUAAAUUAAAUAAAUUAAUAUAUGAAAUUGUGUAUUUUAAAUAAUUAUUAUUAAAUAUAUAAUAUGAUGACGCUUCCUUGUGCUCAAUGUCAAUAUUUAACGGUCUAAUGUUAAUUGAUAGAUGUUGUACUAAUUAAAUUUUUUGCCUUUUCGAUAAUUAUAAAAAAAAACUUAUUUAACGUAGAAUACAGUGUUCAAUCUCAAAUAAAAUAUGUAUUGUGUGUAAACCUGUAAGUAAAUAAAUAUAGUUUUUGUCUACUGUCAAGGCACACUAUUUUUGAGAAGUAGCUCAAAUUAUGACUAACCAUAAAAUGAUGUUGAUUUUAGAACAAAUGAUUUAUUAAGAAAUGAUUACAGUAUGUACUCACACAGAACUACAGUUUAGGUUAGGAGUGUAGAAAUAAUAUUUUUGGAUGUAUGGAGUAAAUAAAAAAAAAACAAAUUUCUAAGUAUAUUCCUGAUGUGUUGCAUUGUUCUAAAAUUAAUAUUGGAUUGAAUUAUCUUAAUGUCAAAUUGGUGUUGAAUUGUACAUCUGUAUAAUAUAGAGGGGCUGGUCCCCAAUAUUUGUGUGUUAAGAUACGAUGUUAUUAAAUUUUAUAGUAAUCAUAAUAUUUAGUAUACAUAUAUCUAUAUAAAAAGACAACAGUACAGUCUGUAUAAAAAUGUUUCCCGUUUAUAUAAUUUUAUUGCACAAAUUUUUGUCAAGCGUAACUAGUUCUUUUUUUAAUUGUAUGUAUAAACCGCGUCAAUAAAAAAGAGACGAUCAGCUUGCUUGCUGUCUCACAUGCACAUGUGCGAUAGCUUUAAUUUAAUGCUAUCUUGCUCGCACUUAUGAGAUGUCGUUGAUCGUCUUUUGCGGGAUUCAUUUUCUACGCGGGAUUUUUAAACGUAAAUUAACGUUAAGUUAACGGACAAAACAUGUAAUAUGUAUUUUAAAUAGUGAUCUGAUGAUGUCUUAUAUUACGUGCUAAAGUAUUAAAACUUAGGCAGCCACUUACGGUUAUAUUUAUGUACUGAUUGUAUUCGUUUCAUUUUCCAAUAUGAAUGACAUUGUUAAGUGUUGUAAAUAAAUCAAAAUCUAAUAAAA